GUCCAAAAGAAACAGACUUCCUUCCUAGCAACGAGUAAUGGAGGACUAACAACUGUUUACAAAAUGUGAAAAUCUUUUUUUCUUUUAAUCUAAAGACCAAGGUUGAAAUGGCAGACAUACAAAAACCAGGAAGCCCUACAAAGAGGGUAACCAUGGCCGCUCCCCAUAGCGCUGGUUCCUCAGGUCAAAGGUCAGCACCAGGAAGUGGGAGAAAAUCACCUACGGAUUACUCCCGUCCCAUUGUAAGAAGUGCUGUCAGAAGAUGGAAGCGUAUGCAUGAACAAAGCAUGAUGGAGAAACUAGUGGGAAUGCGGAAUGAGAAAAAACAGCAAGUCAAAACUUCCAAAGAAAGCGCUAAGAAGCUUGCACGCAAGAUUCCUAUUGAAGUUCUGGCAAGAGAUUGGUUAAAUGAAAAUGAGGCCACAUUGGAAGUUAGAACAUAUAUGGUUGACAAAGUUCUUCCAAAUUUGAUUCUUGGAGUAGAAAAAUUAUUGUCAGAAGCAGACAAACGAGGAUUGACAGAUGGAAAUGGUGAAGAUCCUGAUUUUAAUCCUAUUAAUUUCUUAGCCCAAUACAUGAUGAGAAACAAUCCUAGGUAUAGCAACUUUUCAGAAGCCUCACCCUAUGUGAGAGGAAUCAGAGAAGUUUCUGAAGAAUUGAAGAAACAACUUUUCAACAUUGAAGAUAAUAGAUUAGCUAGAAUUAAAGCUGAAGCAAAGCGCCGACGAGAAGAGCGAGAUAAAUUAGAGAGACUGAAGCAAGAGGAACGAGAUAGAAGAGAGACCAAAUUCAUGAAACAAUUUGAAGAAUGGCAUGUUCAGCCAGAUGGCAGAGUAGAACUUUCUCUUGUACAAAAUGCCCUAAGAUCAUUUGCUGAAAUAGCUGAGAAUUUCCCAGAAGAUUUAAAGGAUGGGUAUAAACUUAGCCGUGCCCUGGAACCAACAGAUGAGUCAGGGAAAGCACUAUCUGUCAAAGAAUUUGCUAAGUACUUGACAAUGUUUGUGGAUGACUUUAACUUUGAGGUGUUUGAGCAGUUCAUGCAGCACCUGUCUCUAUGUGCUGACUCCUAUCGUGCUGCCUCUAACAGGGAACAGAGGAGAAUUGUACUCACCAAUCUCUUCAUCUCGUGCGACCACAGUGGAAUUGGGUUGUUAGACAGACACAGAAUUCUCAGUCUUUUUGAGGCAUUCUGGGAUUCAAUUAAAGAGGACAUCAAGAAGAAUGUACGAAACCCUCGCAGAUGGCCUGUUGCUGAGGUGGAUGAAGUGGAGGAUAUCUUUGAUGAUGAUGGAGUGACCACUCCCGUUCCCAAAGUGGCUGAGCCGACUCCUGCUUCCCCAACCCCUGCACCAGCUGAACCUGCUCCAGAAAAAACAGAAGAGACCGAGCAAGGAGGUGAAGAAAAAAUAGAAAUUCCAGCCACAACUGCUCAAAGUAAACCUGUUACACCAGAAAUUGAACCAGAAACAAAACCAAGCACAGCAGAACCACCAGCUGAAAAACCAGCUCCUUCACCAAAACCAGAAGAAGCUGGAAAACCGGGAGUGGAAGUGUUAACAGUUUCUGUGGAAGAAUCAGAUGAGGCCAACAAGUCUGAAGAGCCCAAAAUGGAGGAGAAACAAGAGGAAAAACCAACAGAGGCAACAGAGGAGGCCAAAAGUGAGGAGAAAAAAGAGGAACAAGGAGAAACUAAAACUGCUACACCUCCUCCAACUGAAGAAAAGACAGAACCAGAAAAAUCUGAGAUUAAAGCUGAACCAGAGAAGACAGAAGAAAAGGAUGAGCCAAAAGUUACAGAAAAAGAGGCAUCUUCUGUAGGAGAGGGAGAAAAAGACACAGCUGUUACAAAAACGUCUGAGGCUCCAUCUUCAGUGACUACAACCACAGAGGAAGAGAAGGGCAAUGUCAAGUUUGCUGUUGGCACAACCUUCAACAGAGAAAAGACAGCAUUAACCACAAUGAGCAAGGGCUCUGGACAGUCAGCCUUUGAUGAGAACUCCCUCAAUGUCUCCCAGUUUGUCACCCUCACAGAAACCUUCCUGGGUAAUGAACCGACCAAGGAAUCAUUUAACAUGCUGACUAAAUAUGUCAAGGAUGGCUACGAAGAGACAGAGGAAGAGAAGAUGGAAAGAUUGAUGAAGGCUAGAAAGGAGGCACUGUCUACCCAGAGGAAGCACAUGAUGGACUCGCUCUUUGAGAAGUGGGACAAUGACGGCUGUGGAUAUCUGGACAUGGAGGAUGUGGAAACUGUGAUGCAGAAGUACAAGGAGGGCCAAGAAAACGAGGCCAUUGUUAGAGCCAAGUCUGGAUUGAAGAAACAGUCUAAAUAUGCUGAUAACAGACUAAGUAAGAGGGAAUUUCGAACGUUUGUACAACUGGUGGUCGAUGAAAUGCCAGGAGCAGAUUCCUUUGAUUACUUUGUAGAGUUCCUAGUCAAUAGUGUGGAGCGAUCCUAUGCUGAAAGGAUCCGUGGAGAGGCCAGAAAGAAGUGGCUGCAGCAGAUAGUGACAGCAGCAGAGACUGGUGGAGCAAGCAUGGAACCAGUUUACAGGGCUGUAUUCAAUGCUCUCUAUAAGGAUGCUGAGGCACAUGGUGGAGGAAAGAGAAUAAGCGCCAACAUAGCAAUGCUGGAGAGAAACACCAUGGAUCCUGACCGAGGCAGCGUCUGCCUACGUUAUGUGGCAGCUACCAUGGAGGAUGCUGACUACCUCCUAGGAAAAAUUCUGUACAAAGACAUGAAAGGCAUCAGUUUUGCUGCAGUAGAGAGUGGUAAACCAAUCCAUGUUCCAAGAGUGGCUAACCAUGGAAACAUUCAGUUCUGGAAUCCAUAUAGGCAACCCGAGGACAGGGAGGGCUCUUUUAUAGUGGUGCCACUGAAGGACAAGAGGAAGAGAGUGUUUGGAUUGCUGGGCAUUGACACCAUGAAUGAUCACCACACCAAAACCAUCUUCAUCACUCAUGAAAUUCAGUUCUUCCAGGGAGUGGCCAAAUCUUUUAGUAUUUCAUACCACAACAUAGAUAUGAAGAAGAAACUUCUAAGAAUUACAGAAAGUGCGGUCUCCUGGAUUCAUCGCCGAAGUCCACAUGUACAAGAAAUCGUUACUUACAUGGUGGAACCAGGCAUGGAUCAGAGCGACUACAUCCUGCGGAAGAUGAUGAUUACGGAUGAGAAGGGCAAUGUCCAGAACCUGCUUAGUCCUCCAAGGCUUGAGAGAAAGGAUAACUUGUUUAGAGAUUAUUUAUUCAAGUGUGUGGACAACUCAGAGACCGUAUCAGCUGAUGCCUAUGGACAGCGCCAUCUAGCGUUCCCUCUCCGUGACGACCAAGGCAAAGCGGUGGCAGUGGUGGACAUCAGUAUAGGAGAACUCAAGAACUUACCCGAGCAUGAGAACAGGGAGGUCCAACGAAUGCUCAAACUUCUGAACCAGGCUCACAAAGAAAUCACCAAGGAGUUCUCCGGGGAGGCAGACAAAACCGUGGUUCUUGAGGCUGAAAAAGAUGAUGAUAACAGAAUGGACAUCAUGUUCGACAGACUUAUGCUGAUGGAACUCAGAGAAAAUGUCUCCAAAAUUGACUCCAAGUCUUUUGCUGAAUUACGUAGCUACAAUGAGCCACCUAAAAUUGUGCAAAAUAUUGUCAAGGCAGUGGUUGCCAUCUUCCAUUUGGAGCAGGUGGAGAGUGGAGAACUGGAUGAUUGGACCAAUCUGAGAAAUUUUAUCAACAAUGAACUGCUGCAAAAGAUAACAGAAUAUGAUCCCACUGCAGCCAGUGACCAUGCUCUCAUCCCUCCCGAAAAACUAGAAGUCUUCUUAAAAGAUGUACCCCAUGGAGAGGUUGGAAAGUUUGGAUCAAUUCCUGCCCAGAAUAUGUAUAACUGGGUGUUUGUGUGCAUCUCGCUGAUCGAGCACACAAUAAAAAUGAGGGAGAACAAUGGCGGCAAUGUGGCUGCCUCUACACAUCAGUCCGACACAACACGCUAAAAUGAGGAUACGACCUUUGACCCUCAAGACAGAAACCUAAAACACACCCAUCAGACAUUAUUGUAAAAUUCUUAUACGACUUUUAAAGACUGUAAUACGACAUAAUACCAUUUGAUUACACAAAAAUAUAUUUAUUUUUUUUAUCAAUUGAUUAAAUAAAUAAUGUGCUGUACUGAUGUACAUAUUGAUGCUCCUACGUAACAUACUGUAAGUUGAAUUCUGUCUGUGAUACAUGUACUUGGAAACAUUGUAUAUGUGUGAUAUUAAAACUGAUGUUUGAAAUAUCAAAUUGAAUAUUUCCAUUUUUGUUGAGUAUACAAUGUCACUUUUGAAUUGUUUUCCACUGACUGCCAACUCAGCUGCUAUGUUUAACUUAAAUACAAACAAUGACUAUUAAAAUUGUUUCUUUGUUGUCAACUAUAUACAUGUCAUGAAAAUUGGUUUAAACAAUUUCUUGAACUGUAAUCUGUGAUCCCACUUUGAAGAAUUGAUUUUCUUUACUUUUUACUGCUUUUGAUGUUAUUGAAUAUGAUGUUAGUGCAUGCAUAUUGGUGUACUGAUCAUUAAAUUAAACACAAAUGAAAGGAUA